UUCAGUCAUUUAAGUUCUGGCUUUCGGUUUAUUUGGACGUAGAAGAUUUUGAAUUAAUUUCGCGCUGAUAUUCUACUCGUUUGCUGUGCUUGCGCUGUUCGUUAUAGUUCUACAUAUAUACACACUCAUAAAUACAUGUGCAUAUGUAAAUAAUAAGAAAACAAACUUGCAGUUGAAUUAAUCAAAAGCGUUGUCCCUAUCGUGCGUGUGUAUAUACAUAUUUGUAUAUAUAAGUGAAGAUAACAGUGAAGUUACAGAAUAUAUACAUAGUUUCUGCAACAGUGAACCAUAAAUAAUUACAAAUAAAAGUGCCCAAUGUGGAAGGAAACGUGAAAAACUCAACUAUGGCGGGCAUAUUUCGAUCAACGUCUCUAAAUAACUCAAAUGAAACACAGGGAUCGUCGCCGUACAAGCGCUUCUCAUUGAACUCGGCCAGCAACCCAUUUUGUUCCACCAGUCCCGGAGUCUUGCAAGAUGUCACCAUGGAUAACUCAUAUGCCAGUUUCGAUGCGGGCCGACUGCAGGGCGACAGCCAUUCGCCACUGGCCAGUGGUCGUUCGAUGCGGAACGUGGAGGAGCAGAUGUCGUCGCUGCGCAAGGAGAACUUCAAUCUGAAGCUGCGCCUCUACUUCAUGGAGGAGAGCCAGCUGGGGCACCAGCGCACAAACCAUUCGGGCGAGUCUCUGUCCAAGCAGUUGAUCGACGCCAAGAUUGAGGCCGAGGUGCUGCGCAAGACGGUCGAGGAGAAGACGGAGCUGCUGAAGGACGCCGCCCGGGCCAUAUCACUGCACGAGGAGAUGCAGCGUAAAGCGGAGGCCGAGAGCCAAGCGCUGAUCGAUGAGCUGCAGCAGCAUCUGCGCCACUACGAGGAAACGGAAAAUGCCGUUGAGCGAGACACCAGAGCGCUGCUGGAGGAAAAGCUAAAGCACUUGGACGCUGAGGUGCUGCGCUUGAGGCAGGAACUGGUCGAGGCCGGCCUGCGGCAGAUAGCCUGCCAGGAACAGCUGAAAUCGGCACAGGCCGAGCAUCAGGAGACGCUGUCCUCCUGCGAGGCCAAGAUCGAGGAGCUGGCCAUCAAGAACGCCGAACUGGUGGAGCAAAUCGAGAAGGACAAGCAGUGCAGCAGCGAGGCAAAUGCCAAGCAGGAGAUGGACGCCCAACUGGCGGACAACAUGUGCGAGCUACAGGAUGCGCAGGAGAAGCUAAAGGAGCGCGAACGCAUCCAUGAGCAUGCCUGCCGCACCAUACAGAAGCUGAUGCAGAAACUGAGCAGCCAGGACAAGGAGAUCAAGAGGCUCAAUCAGCUGCAGCAGCAGCCAGGUCAAAAUUCUGUUAAGAAAGAAGAGGAGAACAGUCAGGCCAGCAUAUCGCCAUUGGCAAGCUCUGGGCGUUCGCUGAGUGACAAUGAGGCUUGCUCUUUGGAAAUAUCCUCGGCCCUUAGGGAACAAUACGAGCACACGAUGGCCGAGCAGGAGCUGAAGAUCAAACAGUUGCAGGCGGAGGUUAAGAAGAAGACGGCAAAUCUACAGAAUUUGGUCAACAAGGAGCUGUGGGAGAAGAACCGCGAGGUGGAGCGUCUGACCAAAUUGGUGGCAGCCAACCAGCAGCAGCAGCUGCAGCAGCAGUCGCUGCCGCAAAUCAUCGAAGAUUCCAAUGGCUCCAUGGACUUACAGCAGUCCUUCACCGAACUGGAGUACACCAGGGCCCUGGAACGCAACAAGCUGCUGCAGCGCAAGGUGGACGUGCUCAUCCAUCGCCUGGGAGAGGAUCAGCAGAACAGUGCGGUGAUUGGACAACUGCGGCAGGAGCUGCGCCAGGUGCAGGCGGACGCUGAGAGCGCGAAUAAGUGGCGCCUCGAGUGCGCCGAUGUGUGUGGUGUGCUGACCAAUCGCCUGGAAGAGCUGGCCGGGUUCCUCAACUCGCUGCUCAAGCACAAGGAUGUGCUGGGUGCCCUGGCUGCUGACAGGCGGCACGCCAUGCGUCGUGCCGUCGACCGCAGUCUGGACUUGUCCAAGAGCCUCAACAUGACGCUGAAUAUCACUGGCACCUCGCUGGCCGAUCAGAGUCUCGCCCAGUUGUGUAAUCUAUCGGAGAUUCUGUACACCGAUGCGGAUGCCGAUGCCGAUGCUGAGGCCGAUGCCAGCCACAAGACGUUCAAUUCGCACGAGGAGAUACGCGCCGCUGCCUCUGCCGGCGCUGGUGCCACCAUCAGUCCCACAUUGGAGCAUCUGAAGGCCGAGAACAAGGCGCUGAAGCGGGAGCUGGAGAAGCGUCGCUGCACAGACGGACAGCAGCAGCAGCGCAAGGAACGCCGCUCCCUGCCCCUGCCCAUGCAGCAGCUAGACAACCAGAGCGAAUCGGAAGCCUGGUCCGAGCCGGACCGUAAGGUUUCCCUGGCCCGCAUCGGACUGGAGGAGACCUCCCACAGCCUGGCGACGGCCGAGCACCGAGCCAGCGAAUCGGAGAGUGAGGGGCGACGCGCCUGCUCAGCCAGACAGGAGCGCAGUCGCCACAGCGAGCGCAUUGCCCAGCUGGAGGAGCAGAUAGCACAGAGGGACGAGCGCGUGCUGAACGUUCAGUGCCAAAUGGUGGAUCUGGACAAUCGCUACAAGCAGGAGCAGCUGCGCUGCAUGGAGAUAUCCCAGCAAAUGGAGCAACUGCGAGCCCUCAAUGAGGCCCUGAAGGCCGAACUGCAGGCCAUAGGAACGCAGGAGGAUCAGCAGGUGGACGAGCUGCAACGUCUGGUUGAUUUAAAGACCAAGCAGAUCGAUCAGCUGGAGCUGGCCAAGAGCACAUUGACUGCAGAUGCGCAAGUCACAGACAUGGAGUUGCAGGCCGCACAGCAGAAGCUGCUCGAAAUGGAGCAACAACAUGCCGUGGCUGUGGACCAGGCGCAGGCUGAGUUGGCGCAACUGAAGCUGGAGGCAGCUCAGAAGCUCGAGGAGGUGCAACGCUUGCACCAGGAGGCGCUCGAGCGGGACUGGGUGGCGCUGAGCGUAUACCAGGAGCAGACACGGGAGCUGCUCGAGUUGCAGCGCUCCCUGGAGUACCACCAGGAGAACGAGAUCGAGCUGAAGCAGACACUCGUGGAGAACGAGCUGGCUACGCGCGCGCUCAAAAAACAGCUGGACGAAAGCACCCUGCAGGCCUCCAAGGCGGUCAUGGAACGUACCAAGGCGUACAACGAAAAGCUGCAGCUGGAGAAGCGCACAGAGGAGCAGAGGCUGCAGUUGGAGCUGCUCAAAAAUGGCCAGAAGCAGCGCCAGCCGCCAGCUCGUUCCAACAGCAGCGAUGUAUCGCAGUCGGGCUACACCUCGGAGGAGGUGGCAGUGCCAAUGGGACCACCAAAUGGCACUCACUCCACCGUACCAGCCAACAUGGCAGUGGUGGUGGGUCGCAUGAACAGCUCCUCGCCAGAUCUGGGCAUAGAGAGCGAUGCUGGGCGGAUCUCCAGCGUGGAUUUGUGUACGGCUACACAGCGGGCCAUACACACGACUGUGGAACUGAAUAAUGACACGCUGUCAGGUGUUAAAGAUGAACCCGUUUCGCCUGACACUGGGAAUGCAUUGAAUGUGUCCCAGCAACAGCAGCAGCAGUCCCCUGCAGCAGCCACAAUCGCACACGACUGUGCCAAGGUAGAUCAAGAAAAUGCUGAGUUGAGGCGUAAGCUAAUCCGCACCAAGCGCGCAUUCGAAGACACCUAUGAAAAAUUGCGUCUGGCUAACAAAGCAAAAGCACAAGUCGAAAAAGACAUCAAGAAUCAAAUACUAAAAACGCACAAUGUGCUGCGAAACGUACGCUCAAAUAUGGAGAAUGAGUUAUAACAAUUGAUUUGACGUCGUCGUCGUCGGUCACUACAUCAGCAUUAAUCGAAGAGAGCGAGAUUUGUCUUUGCUCAUCUCAUUUGUUACUAGACGUUUGCCAUUCUCCUUGCCAUACAUAAUCUGUUCUAUUCAUUUAUAUUUUGUCUGUUCCUCACGUUGCUAACAUGGUUUUCAUUGUAAUUUAUUUGAUGUGCCUGUAAGUGCAGCCAAACCGAACAAAUCAGAAUCGAAACAACGAAGCUAUUAGUACGAGCAUACCUUUUGCAUUUUCUAAAGACUGUAUAGGGAACACACACAAUAACGCUAACCACGAUCAAGAAGAUUUUAAUCACCCGUUUUAGCACACCCAACCCACAAGCGUUAACAACAAUGUUUAGAUGCCGACCGAAAUGUGUAUGUAACCAGGCAAUCCGGCGCACACUCAUUCAUAUUGAAUGACAUAUGUAUAGAAUAUGUAUAUAUAAAUAUCCGUAACCCCCUCUGUCCCGCAUUUGUACCUAAUCAUAAGAACAAACAUAUAUUAUUUUGUCCAUAUUUGUGUGCCCAAUAACCCAUCGAUUGCAUGUAGCUACAGAGUGUGUUUGCUUAAUCUUUAUUACUCUUAACAUUUGCUUUCUUUUCUUCAAUCCUACCGCUCGGAAUCCCCGAUUUCAGUUGAUCAUCGAAACGGAUAUUGAAAUAAUUGUUUGAUUUGUCCAACCAAUUGGUCGUUGCCAAUUUUGAAGCCUCAUUUUGUACAAUGUGUAAAAAGUAACUCCGCGCGCUGUCCCCUCACGCAGUGGAGUUUGGAUGAACAAUACCUAGAAUCUUAAGUCAUUUGUACCAUGUCGUUUUGUGGAAUAAAAUAUUUCGUUAGAAGAA